CUAUAUAUAUAUACACACUAAAUAUAUUAACCAAACCCAAACCAAAACUUGAGAAUUUCUUAUUAAGGCUGAUCAUUGAAAUGGCUUCCGAAACAACCAGUGAACCUUAUCCUCUUCACUUUGUUCUCUUCCCUUUGAUGGCUCAAGGCCACAUGAUUCCCAUGGUUGAUAUUGCUAGGCUCUUGGCCGAGCGCGGUGUGAUAAUAACAAUUGUCACGACGCCUCUCAAUGCAAGGAGGUUCAAGAAUGUCCUAACACGUGCCAUUGAUUCUGGCUUGCCCAUCAACCUAGUGCAAGUCAAGUUUCCAUAUCAAGAAGCUGGUUUGCCAGAAGGGCAAGAGAAUAUCGAUUCUCUUGACACGUUUGAGCAAAUGAUGCCGUUCUUUAAAGCGAUUAACUUGCUCGAAGAACCAGUCCAGAAGCUCAUAGAAGAAAUGAGCCCUCGACCAAGUUGUCUAAUCUCCGAUAUGUGUUUGCCGUAUACAAGCAAAAUCGCCAAGAAGUUCAAUAUACCAAAGAUCCUCUUCCAUGGCAUGGGUUGCUUUUGCCUUCUGUGUAUUCACGUUGUACGCAAGAACCGUGAGAUCUUGGAGAAUUUAAAGUCUGAUGAGGAGUAUUUCAUUGUUCCUUCGUUUCCUGAUAGAGUCGAGUUCACAAGACCUCAAGUUCCUGUGGAAACAUAUCUUCCUGAAGACUGGAAAGAGAUCUUGGACGAUUGGGAAGAAACGGAAAAGAAAUCUUAUGGUGUGAUAGUCAACACAUUUCAAGAGCUCGAGCCAGAUUAUGUCAAAGGCUUUAAAGAGGCAAGGUCCGGUAAAGCAUGGACCGUUGGACCUGUUUCCUUGUGCAAUAAGGCAGGAGCAGAUAAAGCUGAGAGGGGAAAGAAAUCAGACAUUGAUCAAGAUGAGUGCUUAAAAUGGCUUGAUUCUAAGGAAUCGGGCUCUGUGCUCUACGUUUGCCUUGGAAGUAUAUGCAAUCUUCCUCUGUCUCAGCUCAAGGAGCUAGGGCUAGGCCUUGAGGAAUCCCAAAGACCUUUCAUAUGGGUCAUAAGAGGUUGGGAUAAGUACAAAGAAUUAGUUGAGUGGUUCUCGGAAAGCGGAUUUGAAGAAAGAAUCAAAGACAGGGGACUCCUCAUCAAAGGAUGGUCUCCACAAGUCCUUAUCCUUUCACAUCAUUCCGUUGGAGGGUUCUUAACGCACUGCGGAUGGAACUCGACUCUUGAGGGGAUAACUGCUGGUCUACCGUUGCUCACAUGGCCGCUGUUUGGAGACCAAUUCUGCAACGAGAAGCUGGUCGUGCAGAUACUAAAAGCCGGUGUAAGAGCCGGGGUUGAGAAGCCUAUGAAAAUGGGACAAGAGGAGAAGAUAGGAGUGUUGGUGGAUAAAGAAGGAGUGAAGAAGGCAGUUGAAGAGUUAAUGAGUGAUAGUAAUGAAGCAAAAGAUAGAAGAAGGAGAGCCAACGAACUUGGAAAAUUAGCUCACAAGGCUGUAAUUGAAGGAGGGUCUUCUCAUGCUAAUAUCACAUUCUUGCUACAAGACAUAAUGCAACUAGCACAAUCCAAUAAUUGAUUAUAUGCGUCAUUGAAAUGUGUGUAUAUAUAUAUAUAUAUAUAUAUAUAUAUAUAUUUUUUUUUUUUUUUUUUGAGAAAUUCUAUUUGAUGCAUAAGUUAAGUUUAUACACUCGUACGAAUCAGCAGAAGAAAAGUUAGUGAUAACUCAUUAACUUUUAACAUUUUUGAGACAU